CCCUCCCUCCCUCCUCCCUCCUCCCUCCUCCCUCACCUCCUCGCCUGGCUUCCUUGGCUACCUAUCUCUGCGCUCUUUACCCUUUGCUGGCAGCGGAUAAAAGGGGUCUGAGGAAAUACUGAACACGGUCAUCCCAUCGCUUGCUCUACCCUUUAAAUUCCCAGCCCGGGAAGGUCUGUGCGCAGCCGAACUCGACUGAACACCCAUCCCGAGAGGACAGGAGGGCAGGUUUCCAAGCAGAGCUCCGCCACACGACUACACCAACGGGCUCCGGAACCGAAGUCCACGCUCGAUCUCAGCGCUGGGAAAGUGAGGCGAGCAGCCGACAGCCAGGAUGCCGGCCCACAUGCUCCAGGAGAUCUCCAGUUCCUACACGACCACCACCACCAUCACAGCGCCACCAUCCGGAAACCUGCAGAAUGGACGAGAGAAGCUGAAGACAGUGCCCCUCUAUCUGGAAGAAGACAUCCGCCCUGAAAUGAGAGAAGAUAUCCACGACCCCAGCUACCAGGAUGAGGAGGGGCCCCCGCCCAAGCUGGAGUACGUCUGGAGGAACAUCAUCCUCAUGGCCCUGCUGCACGUGGGGGCCCUGUACGGGAUCACCCUGGUUCCCUCCUGCAAGGUCUACACCUGGCUCUUCGGGAUUAUGUACUAUAUGAUCAGCGCCCUGGGCAUCACAGCCGGGGCUCAUCGCCUGUGGAGCCACAGAACGUACAAGGCGCGGCUGCCGCUGAGACUCUUCCUCAUCAUCGCCAACACCAUGGCGUUCCAGAAUGAUGUGUACGAAUGGGCCCGAGAUCACCGCGCCCACCACAAGUUCUCAGAAACACACGCAGACCCUCACAAUUCCCGCCGUGGCUUCUUCUUCUCGCACGUGGGUUGGCUGCUUGUGCGCAAGCACCCGGCCGUCAAAGAGAAGGGCGGAAAACUGGACAUGUCUGACCUAAAGGCUGAGAAGCUGGUGAUGUUCCAGAGGAGGUACUACAAGCCCGGCCUCCUCCUGAUGUGCUUCAUCCUGCCCACGCUGGUGCCCUGGUAUUGCUGGGGUGAGACUUUUGUAAACAGCCUGUGUGUCAGCACCUUCUUGCGAUACACUUUGGUGCUCAAUGCCACCUGGCUGGUGAACAGUGCCGCCCACCUCUACGGAUAUCGUCCCUACGACAAGAACAUUCAAUCCCGGGAGAACAUCCUGGUUUCCCUGGGUGCCGUGGGCGAGGGCUUCCACAACUACCACCAUGCCUUCCCCUAUGACUACUCCGCCAGUGAGUACCGCUGGCACAUCAACUUCACCACGUUCUUCAUCGACUGCAUGGCUGCCCUGGGCCUGGCCUACGACCGGAAGAAAGUGUCCAAGGCCGCUGUCCUAGCCAGGAUUAAGAGAACUGGAGACGGGAGCCACAAGAGUAGCUGAAUUUUUGGCUUCUGAGUUCCUGUUCCAAAAGUUCUCUGGGCAGAAAGUUAAUAUUCUGUUGAUUCUGGAUAAUGCUAUUGGGAUGUUGAUGAUGCAUUUAACCUAUUCCGGUACAGUAUUCUUAUAAAAUGAGAAAGCUUUGAUCACAUUUUGAGGUAAUACAUAUUUUAAUUAGCUAGGAUUAACCAUGCCACAAGACACAUAUAUUCUAAGCAUACACGACAAAUGCAUAUAGAAUUUUGCAUAUCAGCUUUAAAUAAUAACAAUAAAUUUGAACAUUCUAUACAGAGAGUAGCAAAGCCAAGGAACAUGCUGUUUUGAUGCUAGGGCGAGCAUGGCGCUCAUUCCCUGUUUGUAUUGCAUCUAGCUUUGUUUCUCUCUGUGUUAUCACCAUCUUCAGGCAAGUAGCUGACCAACACUGGCCUGAGUCCACCUCCCAGAACCCAGGCAACCUUUCUGCUUUCUGAAAAACUGAUCCUUCCUCCUGAAUACAUCUUUCCUUGUUCCGAGCUUCAAGAUUGCUGCCUCAAACUAGAGACAGAACAAACCCUUCCUGGAACGUCACACUGAUGAAUUUCACUACAGGUUUUGCUGGAUGAAAGGGAGACAUUAUCUUGAUUUGAUACGCAGCAGGUAGACCAUCUCGAGGGAAGAGUUAGCAUGCAUGGUGUGGUCUGUAAGUAAGGAUGGGGAAGGGGGGGGGGAAGAGGUAGUCAUAUCUAAUGGCCUACUUACCAAAGGCCUCUCUGCAUAGCAUGCCUCUUUUCAGUCCAUACCCUGAACACAGAGAUUAGUGAGAUUUGAAUAAUUAACUAAUUUUCAGAGUGAAGUGAGGUAAUGCAUGGCCUGUUCUAGGGGAGGGUUUUAGCUUUUGGUAACUGAAGAUUUCUUCGAAGAAAAAGUCUUCACGUUCAAUGUGCCUGGAACUGAUAACUAAAUAACUGACAUUUGGGGGUGGGGCAUAUGGUGUAAAACUAUGUAAAUAUAAGCAAAACCCUUCAUUUGGAACGUGAAGAUAUUUCACUUAGAAAAAGUAUUGCUAAAGGAAAAAGAAUCGAAGGACAAGAGAUGUUGCCUGGGUUGCUGGUUUCUUUCGUGGUUGGGCAGGAAAUAGUGAAAUUGAGGGGCAGUGUCUAAAGCAGCUGCUAAGAGGUACAUUUCCAAACGAAGCCCUUGGGGACCAUCUUCCAGGGAUUCGGAUGGUGUUGGCUCCAUCCAUCGCAUAAAUUCCCUCCCUGGAUUGAAACUUGGCUUCUGGUGGUGUUGAACCUCCCCUGCUGCUUUCUCUGCUUUGUGGCUGUCCAGCCUUGCUAGUGCUGCCUCGGGAAUUCCUACCCACCCGACUUCUUCUGCUGCUUCUUUCUUUGGCCCUUUUUCUUCCCCUGGACAGGCAGCUAGUUGCCUGAGUGUCUCAAAAGCGCCCAGGACUUGCUGCUGUCCGGCCCGUUCCUCCCCCCAGUAUCCUCGAGUGGAACCUUUGGGUAGCUUCGGGAAGCAGAGCCAGGUGUUACUUUUCUGUGGCUUCCAGAUCCCCCCUACCUCCGCCCCAUGCGCCUCUGCCACAGUGAUUUCCGGAAAGCUUGGUAGACCCUCUAGUCAUAUUUUGGUUCAGAGAGUCUCUCUGGUUUGUGAGUUAACAGAUCCACCAAACGCUGUUUUGUCUCAGCGAGUUAACCACUGAACGAGAAGGUUGGUUGGUGAUCUGUUUCUGUGCGAGUCAGAGUAGACAGCAUAUUCACGUCUCCCUGUGUGCUUUGCAAGGUGGCUCUGGCAGAUCAACGCAGGCAGGGAGUGGUACAGUGCUUCUGAAAGGAAGAAGUUCCCCCAUUUUACCUAUUAAAACACCAGAGGCACGGGCAAGCGCUCAGGACCUCACUUCAAGAAGAGGGUCUGCUUCCCGAAGCAAGUGUGUGACGAAAAGCAACUGAAAGCUGGUAUCGAAGGCGCCAUGAACUGACACUCUAUCACACAGCCCAGGGCAAACAGUGGUAUAGAAAAGUCUAGAAAAAAACAUCACAUCCGUAUUUUAGAAACAUCAACCUCUGCUGUCCCUGUAGCCAAUCCAGAGGCCUGGCUUUUAGGACUGGCUGUGUACAGUGCCAAAUACUCAGUUCACUUGGAAGAUCAGAGCCUUUCUUUCUGUGUUAAUUGAACACAUGCUCUGUACUGUUUUGUUGAAGUAGAAAAUCUAGUAGAAAAUCACUGUAGAUCUGCUGACCUGUAACCCUCGGGAAACGCCUUUGGGAUCAUUUUACUUUUCCAGGUCACAGAUGCCUGAUUUAUAAGAUGAACAAUAAAAUCAGCUUUCUUUCUCUUCUGAUCUUAUGCCUGGAUCUUAUUCAGGCCAUGUUCCAAAGCAAGGCUACAUAGAGACCUCAGGCUGAGGUCCCGGUGUCUUUAGGUAAAGACACUCUCUCAGAUCCUCUCAAAGGUGGAUUCCUAACAGUUCCAGAUGAAUGUACUCACAGCGCUGGGUGCCUUAUCCCUUUCCUAACUGCAGUGCCUGUGAGCUCAGCCUCACUUCUUCGCUUACCCCUGAGACCCCUUAGAUGGGGUGGGUACAGUCGAGAGGCUGGCUGGAGGGUCAUCAGUACAGUGAUUUGCAGAAAUCUUUUAUGGGCUUCAUUUUGGAAAAUUUGUUUUUUUUAGUAAAUUCUCAAAUUUGGUGGGAUGUAAUUUGAGUGUAUUCGAUUGUAUGGUCAUCGUCCUCCUCGUUACUAUUGUUAAACAUGUUAUAAACGGCAGUUGGCACUUGGGCUGCUAAUCUCUGGGUGUAAUCUCUGAAACUGUAACUCCAGUGAGGCGGUAAGAUCCGCAAAGCCACCAUCUGUUGGUGACUUAAGCCAAGGCCUCUCUUAGCGACUGACUUGUUGUGUUAUCCUUUCUCUUGUAACAAACCCACCCCAGAGAUGAGGCCUUUAACCAUCCCAAGAAACUCCUGGGCUAAGUAUCUGUCAGUCUCCCAUCUCAACAUUGUAAAUUAAGUGUCCAGAGCAUCAACUCAGGAGGACACACUGAAACUAUCACUCUGGGCAAGUCCUGAUAAAACGGGCUACUAAUACUAACCUACCUCAAGAGCAGUUCUGAGGUGAUUAGAGUUUUUUUUUUUUUUAACCUAGUAUUUGGAGAUCCUCAUCAGAUGUUCUCAUACAGGCUUCUAAAGAACUAGAUAUGUUCUAGAGACCAUUUUUAGUCUACAUUGCUCUUUCCAGAGACUGACAGAUAUGACCAGUCCAAGUGCAAGACUGCUUACUCUCUGCCACAAAAACCCAUGCAGGAAUCUUUCCCUUGCUUGAAUGAGAUUUUCUCCCUUUUAUGUGUGGUAGUUAUUUGUGACCCAAGUGUAAUUUGGAUGAUUUCCAUUAAUAUCAACUCUUGAAGCCUAUUUGUACUGAUUGAGAUUGUAUUUGUUCCUAAUAAAAGUGGAUCUGGCUGUGCUGUCUGGGA